AUGCCAGCAGGUGAAUCCCGACACGCAUCGCAGCCAGCGACGGCGGAGCCAGACGAGGAGGCAUCAUGGCUAUGGGCGGAGAUUAAGGCGGAGUCCCGCCGUGACGCCGAAUCGGAGCCGGCGCUGGCUAGCUAUCUGUACUCCACGAUACUCUCUCACUCCUCUCUGGAACGCUCACUCUCUUUCCAUCUUGGAAACAAGCUUUGCUCCUCCACUUUACUGUCAACUCUGCUGUACGAUCUCUUCCUCAACACGUUUUCCGGCGACCCGGACCUCCGAUCCGCCGCCGUGGCAGACUUACGCGCCGCCAGGUCCCGUGACCCUGCUUGCGCUUCGUUUUCUCAUUGCCUACUCAAUUACAAAGGGUUCCUUGCUUGCCAGGCCCAGCGGGUGGCUCAUAAGUUAUGGACUCAAUCCCGACGACCACUUGCCCUGGCCCUACAAUCUCGGAUCUCCGAUGUCUUCGCUGUCGACAUUCACCCGGGUGCUACACUUGGAAAGGGAAUAUUGUUUGACCAUGCAACCGGUGUCGUCAUCGGUGAGACAGCGGUUAUUGGCAACAACGUUUCCAUCCUCCACCAUGUAACUCUAGGCGGGACAGGAAAGGCUGGCGGUGACCGCCACCCAAAGAUAGGAGACGGUGUGUUGAUCGGUGCAGGGGCGACAAUAUUAGGUAAUGUGAAGAUCGGUGAAGGGGCGAAGAUUGGUGCGGGAUCGGUGGUUCUGAUGGAGGUGCCGCCACGAGCAACGGCGGUGGGGAAUCCGGCAAGGUUGGUAGAAGGCAAAGAAGCAUCAAAGCUUGAAGAAUGCCCAGGGAUGUCGAUGGAUCAUACAUCCUUCAUGUCCAAUUGGUCUUACACUAUAUGAAUUCUUCCAUUCUAUAUAUUUCAUGCUAUCAAUUUCAAAUAAUUUCGUAUUUAUAUGAAAUCAUU